ACUGAGAAGCGAAGACCAGUGCUACUACUAGCUCCUGGUGGUUAAAAUAGAAAUACAUUUUUCAUUCGUCAUUGCUUAAAAGAUGCCGAUCAGAAAUAUCGCCAUCGGAGGUCGGGAGGAGGCAACUCACCCCGACGCCUUGAAGGCGGCUUUGGCUGAGUUCAUCUCCACCCUCAUCUUCGUCUUCGCGGGGUCGGGCUCCGGCAUAGCCUUCAACAAGCUCACCGACAACGGCGCCACCACCCCAUCCGGCCUCAUCUCCGCGGCCAUCGCCCACGCCUUCGCCCUUUUCGUCGCCGUCUCCGUCGGCGCCAACAUCUCCGGCGGCCACGUCAACCCCGCCGUCACCUUCGGCGCGUUCGUCGGCGGCAACAUCACCCUCCUCCGCGGCAUCCUCUACUGGAUCGCCCAGCUCCUCGGCUCCACCGUCGCCGCUCUCCUCCUUAAGUUCGUCACCGGUGGCUUGGCUGUUCCAACUUUCAAUCUGUCCGCUGGAGUGGGUGUGUGGAACGCUGUCGUUUUUGAGAUCGUGAUUACCUUCGGAUUGGUCUACACUGUUUACGCCACAGCCGUUGAUCCAAAGAAGGGCAAUUUGGGAAUUAUCGCCCCCAUCGCCAUAGGUUUCAUCGUUGGUGCCAACAUCUUGGCCGCUGGGCCUUUUGAUGGAGCAUCAAUGAACCCGGCCGUGUCUUUUGGGCCGGCCCUCGUCAGCUGGAGCUGGAGCAACCACUGGGUCUACUGGGUUGGGCCUCUCAUCGGUGGUGGGCUCGCCGGCCUCAUCUACGAAUUCGUCUUCAUCUCCCACAGCCACGAGCAGCUCCCCACCACGGACUACUAAAAAGCCAUUAAAACGCACCGUUUCUUCACGGCUUUUCAUUUCACUUUGGUGUAUUUAUUUGCUUCUGAGACUUUCUACUUUCUUCUUCUUUCUUCUCUUCUCUAUGUUUAAUCUGCACCGUUGAUCUUUUCAUCAAAAUCAAAAUUAUGAUCCCAUGUUGUAGUUUUGCCCUGGAAUGUAUUUGUGUGUGAAUUUCUAUAAAAUCCAGGGUGUGAAAUUAAUUGUGCUAUUCUGCGCUCGUUGUAUCUAUCAUUUUAGUUAUUCUCUUUUGUUCACGUAAUUUACAUUCAAAUGCCAUCAAUAAUUUCUUUUCUUUUC